ACGUGGGUAUGCAAGCCUGGCCUUAAUGCUUCGCACGAAUACCAUGCAUAGGUAGUGAUGUGAAAACGUGAGAGGUAUCCGGACAUAUUAUCCUAUACAACACGUGAGCAGUAGUAAUAUCGUUCACAAUGUCAUCUUUCUUUAUUAAAAAGAAGGGGAAUACCAACGUUUCCAAAACAGAUGAAAAAAGUGUGGGCACAAAAAGGAAGGUGGAUGGGGAUUCUGGGAGUAAAGGACGAGCGAAAAAGCUGAACUCUAGGUUGAAUGAAGAAAUAUCAAGCGACUCAGAACCGGAAAGUCCAGCAGUCAAUAAGAAAAGGAAAGGCAACGAAGAGGAAGAAUUUGAGGAAACUGCUCAAGAGAAGAAGCUCCGUUUGGCUAAACUGUACCUUGACCAGCUAAGAGAAGAAGAGGAAAAGAAGGCAGAAGACACUUUUGAGACAGACCUGAUCGCAGGACGACUUCAGGAGGAAGUGCUUGAGCAAAAAGGAAAACUUCAACGUUUGGUAGCAAAAGAUUUCCUGCCACCUGAUGCUGCUGAUGUGCGUUUGUUACGGGGCCACAAGCUUCCAGUCACGUGUCUGGUCAUCUCCCCUGAUGACAAGUACAUCUUCUCUGCUGCCAAGGACUGCUCCAUCAUCAAAUGGGGUGUGGAGAGUGGUAAAAAACUGCACACAAUUGCAGGAGGGAGGAAGGGAACGGAGGAUCGCCACGUGGGGCACACCGCUCAUAUCCUGUGCAUGGCGAUAUCAUCUGACGGCAAAUACCUGGCUACUGGAGACAUGAAUAAGUUGAUCAUGAUCUGGGAAGCAGCAACAUGUAAGCAUCUGUACAAGUUUACAGGACACAGAGGACCAGUGUCGGGUCUGUCAUUCAGGAAAGGCUCUCAUGACCUGUACAGCGCCUCACACGACCGCUCCAUCAAGGUCUGGAACGUUGACGAGAAUGCCUAUGUUGAGACACUGUUUGGCCAUCAGGACGUGAUCACGGGUUUGGACAGCCUGAGUCGGGAGCGCUGCGUGACGGCGGGGGGGCGGGACAGGACGGUGAGGGUGUGGAAGAUCGCCGAGGAGUCCCAGCUGGUGUUCAACGGUCACGAGGGUUCUAUUGACUGCAUUCAGCUCAUAAAUGAGGAGCACAUGAUAAGUGGAGCUGAUGACGGGUCUCUGGCCCUCUGGAGCGUCAACAAGAAAAAGCCCCUCAGCACGGUGAAGCAGGCCCACGGUUGCCAUGGCGACGGGGGCUUGGAGCAGCCCUACUGGAUCUCGGCGGUGGCGGCUCUGCAGAACACCGACACCGUGGCCUCAGGUGCUUCCAGCUGUUCCCAUAAUUCCAAGGUGCAGUUGUGGCGGUGUGGCGAGGGGUUCCGGGGUCUGCACCCCCUCUUUAGCGUCCCUGUGCCAGGUUUUGUGAACAGCCUCAAAUUCUCCAACUCUGGAAACUUCUUGGUGGCUGGAGUCGGGCAAGAGCACAGGCUCGGCAGAUGGUGGAGGAUCAAAGAAGCUAAGAAUGGCCUUUGCAUCAUUCCCCUAAAGAGACAGACUUCAGAACAGGAAGCCACAAACGGCCAGUAGUGUACCUUGGUGAAGUCUGGCCCGUGUGCAGUUUUGUAAAUUCCAUUCUGCAGCAUCACAUGCUAAAUUUAUACUUUUUGUUGAUUAAAAUAUUUUUA